UUGCGCCCUUUGUUCCUAGGACUACAGCGCCCUCUUGAAAGCAGUUUGUGAAGUGAAGUGAAUCAUAAACAAAAACAAGCAGAAACGCAGCCCCCCGCCCCGCCGUAACCACAGUCGCCGGCCAAAAUGUCUGAUCAGCCAGAAAUUCGACCAGUUCUCAAUCUUGAUGAGAGCACAUGGGAGGGCUGGUUGAACUCCUUCAUUUUGUGGGUUGCUCAGAAUCCUUGGCAAUUUUUGUCAAAUGUUCUACUUUGUUUGUCUCCAUUUUUCCUUAUUUCAUUGAUACUAUCUUGGAAAUUGUCAAAAGCGUUAGAAGAGGAGAGAAAGGAUAAGAAGGCCAAGGCCAAACGGUCUGCUCAAAUUGGCAAAGCUCGAUCAGAAAGGCAACACAAAAAGCAUGUUCAGAAAGAAUCUUGAGUAGAAUUAACUCUGUUAACCAUUUUGUAAGUGAAACCGUUCAUACAACUUUAACCUCCCAUUUAUUGUUUUAUUCCAUAUUACUUCAGUGUGAUUGAGUAAAAUACUUGAUGCCACAAUACUUUACUUUACAACUCAUUGCAUUAUCUAUCUAACUGUCAAAAUUAAGCAAUGCUGAACUUUUUUGAAAUACUUUACUCAUUUCAAUGAGGUGAACAGAACAAGACUGUAACAGGAAAUAAUGUAUACUUUGGUAACUGGUUAAGAAAAAACAUAAAAACAUUUAAACU